ACGGUUUGGUUGCGACGUGUGGAUCCCAUCAUUUGUAUAAUUUGCUUAUUUCAUGGUUCAUGAGUGUAACCUAUUCUGUUCUUUGGGAAACGCAUGUGCUUCCUCCAUCAAAAAAUCGUUUUCGGAGAUAUUUUCGAUUUAUAAUGUGCUUUUGAUCGGAUCUGAAAUAAAUACGGAUUCAAAUGAUGUCGAGCUGUGUUUAAGGAUUAAAUGAAAUUAUUUUCUUGUUUGCCGUACCACUCCAGGAAUCUCGCAUGCCUAACAUUCCCCUGAAUCAGGCUAUUAGUCGUUUUCGUAACUCAUAUUCAAUGAUUUUUGGAAGAAGAACCUCUCCUGCUGAAGAUGACGAGCAGUGGAAAGGGGAGAAAUGUCUUAGUACCAUGCGCCAGUCUUUUCACAGGGCUUUGACGACCUGUAGGGCCCCUCUGCCUCCAGGAAAGAAAUAUGUUGCUGUUCAGUUCCUUACCAAAGAGUUAAUUUUUUAUGUUGUUGAUACAAAAGGCAAAGGACAAGAAGUUUUUGAAGAAGCUAGUAAACAUCUAGGUUUAAUGGACACAGAGCUGUUUGGAUUGGCUUUUUAUCAAGGUAAGAUUUUUAUGCAUAGCUAA